AGUUGUCAAAAAUUUGUAAAAGUGAAAGUAGAAAUUCGAGAUGUCCUCACGGUCUUGUGACAAUCAUUUCUUUUAAGUUGCUGUCAUGGACGCUGAUGGGCUCCCUUUAGUGGGAUCCGGUGUAGACUAUAUUAAGGUUGAAGCUAUUCAACAGAAAAGAACUAUUGCUUUCAUCAAUCAUUUCAUCACCCACACAGCAAGCUUCCUUAACCAAUUCUCCUGUGUAUGCGAGGAAAAACUAGAGCAUCUGUCUAACAGGAUACAAAAUCUGGAAAUUACACUUAGUCUCCUGGAAACAAAGUUGUCUUCAAUUCCUGGGCUUGAUAGUGUGACUGCUCCAACUAGCAGCACCACAUCUGCCCCACCAGCAGCCUCAAACACUCCAGUCUCCACCUCAGGGACCCCAUCAGCUCCACCUGCCCCUGGAGCACCACCUCCACCUUCCACUCUGGAUGAGGCUCCCCCACCCCCACCCCCAGAGGAAGAGAAGCCUUCUAAUCCUGUGUCCAAAGAUUCUAGAUAUGCUAAAUUCUUCAAAAUGUUACAAGUGGGAGUACCAGAACCUGCAGUUAAAAACAAAAUGAGAGCAGAAGGACUCGAUCCAAAUUUCCUAGAUACCCCUGAUGCCCCUGCCCCUCCAGAAGAUGUGAAGAAAGCUGACAGUGACAGUGAUUUUAGUGAUAGCGAUAAUGACAGCAUGAGUGAUUAAGCUAGAUAAUUACAGCAAUUAUCACCUAUGUAAUUAGCAGAACAAUUAAUCUGCCUACUCUAAGGGAGAAUGGGAUAAUUUCAUUCCUGUGGCAGGAUAAAUUAGUAAUUUAAUUGUGGCACUUUGAGUGAUACAUACUUAACUUCGUAAAAAAAAAAAAUGAAUGAAGAUCUCUUAAAAUUAAACCAUAAGACUUCAUAGUGGCAUGAGAGUAUCAUGGAAUUCUGCAAGAUGGAUUAAAAUUUACAAUGUUUUGUAGGCCAAUUUGUGGAUUAAUUAGAUCUAUGAUUGAAAGAUUGUCAUGUGUAUAUAUACUCGUUAUGUUGAAUAAAACUAUGGAUUCUAUGAC